AUGACCUCCCCCGAGUACCAGUCCCAUUUCUCCAUCGCGAACCUCCCGUUCGGAGUGGCCUCGUCGGAGAGGCAUCCAAGCGCGCAAUGUGUAACUCGACUGGAAAAUAACGUCAUAUUUCUGGUGGAAUUGCAGCGGGCCGGGGUCUUCGCGAAGAUAUCGGGUCUGCCAGAUGGCAUCUUCGACAAGCCGAGCCUCAAUGAAUAUGCGGCACUGCCCAAGAUCACCCAGCGCUCAGUCCGGACGGUGUUACAAGAGGUGCUGGCCAAAUCCCUGCCGGUGGGUUUCACCGAAGACAUCAGCGUGGUGAGUCUUCACCUGCCGGUCUCAGUGGGUGGCUUCACUGACUUUUCCUGCAGCGUGCACCACGUUCGGAACUCUGGUCGAGCAAUUUUGAAUCACGAAUCCACGCCUCCCGCUUUCUUCAACUUUCCAAUCGGGUACAAUGGCCGAGCGAGCACGAUAUAUGUCUCUGGAACUCCAAUAAACCGGCCGCUGGGUCAUUUCUAUGAUCUCACUGCGCCAGCAGAGAAGAAGCCCAUUGUUUACGGUCCAUCUCAGGCCAUGGACUAUGAGUUGGAGAUUGGUGUCAUCAUUGGCAAAGGUGUCUCGCGCCUCCAGAGGUUGAACGCAAAAGAAGCAGACGAUCAUAUUUUUGGUCUUGUAAUUUUAAAUGACUGGAGUGCGCGCGACAUUCAAGGAUGCGAGAUGGUUCCGCUAGGUCCGCUGAAUGGCAAGGCCUUUGGAACAAGUAUUUCUCCCUGGGUAGUGACAUUGGAUGCCCUGGAGCCGUUCAGGGUACCUGGCCCCAAGCCCGAGGCGGUAUUGGCAAGCCAUCUCGAAGAUGUGGCGACCUCCAGCUAUGCGAUUGAUAUGAAAGUAGAAGUUCUCGUUGGAAAGCACGUAACGACGGUCAGCGAAUCCAAGGCACAAGAUUUGCAUUGGAGUGGACGACAAAUGGCCGCCCACCUUGCUAGCACCGGUGCCGAUCUUCAGACUGGAGAUAUCCUAGGCACCGGGACGGUCAGCGGUCCGGCCAGUGGGAGCUAUGGUUGUCUGCUGGAAAUCACCAAGGCCGGCAAGGAGCCAAUCACUCUGGCCGAUGGUUCGAAGAGACAUUACCUGUUGGAUGGGGAUGUGGUUCGCAUGACCAGCAUUGUUGGGGGAGUUGGCUCUGGUGUUGGAUUUGGCGAAUGUGUCGGUGAGCUGCAGUCUGCCUUGAAGUUGUAG